AGAGAUCAGGGGUGUGAAAUCGUCAGACCAAUGGUAUUAAACUCUACUCGGAGGUGCGACCAAUCGAAUCAAGAAGCCCUGACACGUGAGUUGAACUACACGUGAGUUAAUAUAACUUGCCGUUUACAGUGAAGCAAACCAUACUCGAGUAGGUUGCGGUCACAAUAACAGGAAGUUCAUUCCGCUGUGUCCAGCUGUCCUCUUCAGUUACCAAGGCAACAGAUAUAAACAUCCUGACCAGUCAGAGUUGAUAAUCCAUAGCUUUUUUCUGGUGACAACAAAGGAACUUUGUCCAUCAGAGAAUGCAGUCGAAAAUUCUCACUGGGAACUUUACCUUUAAAUCAUUAAAACCACCAGACUUGUCCAAUUGUACAAAAAGAGAACUGUGUGAAUAUUUUGAGAACAGUUAUGACCUCAAUGAGAGCUUGUUCACUGCACUCAAAGAUGAUUCUGUGUUUUACAAAUGCCCAGACAGGUUGCGUCUGCCACUUAUUUUCUACUUCUGCCACACUGCCGUGGUAUACGUCAACAAACUGAUGUUAGCAGGCCUCAUUACAGAGCGAGUGAACUUGGAGUUUGAGACAAUGUUUGAGACUGGUGUUGAUGAAAUGUCUUGGGAUGACACAGAAAAUUACCGUAUGGGUGGCAGCUACAAGUGGCCAUCUGUUGACUCGGUGGUGGAGUACAGAAGAAACGUACGAAAUGUGGUCCUGAAGGCGAUACACGACACACCGCUAGAACUUCCUGUUACCAUGGAGUCACCAUGGUGGGCAAUCCUGAUGGGAAUUGAGCAUGAGAGAAUCCAUCUGGAGACCUCCUCAGUGCUGAUUCGUCAGCUGCCGGUGGAAUUGGUCACCAAACCAAAGGGAUGGGUGUAUGCCCCAUACAAAUGUGGAGGAAGAGUCGAAGAGAAUCCCCUGAUUUCUGUCGAGGCUCAAGACAUCAAGUUUGGGAAGCCCAAAGAGUUCCCAUCCUAUGGAUGGGACAAUGAAUAUGGAGAAUUUUCCACCAGAGUUCCUGCCUUUGAGGCCUCCAAGUUUAUGAUCACCAAUGGGGAGUUCCUGGAGUUUGUGGAGAGUGGGGGGUACGAGGAUGAGAAGUUCUGGACAGAGGAGGGGUGGAAGUGGAAGGAGUACAGACAAUCCAAGCACCCCGUCUUCUGGGUGUGCAAUCACGGAUGUAAGGGAGGUUGUGGAGCUGAUUUAUCUCAGUACUCCCACUGUCAUCUCCCCAACACUGUCAGUAACGGUGUAAUGAAUGGAUCACUGACCAACGGUCACUCCAGGGAGAUCAUCAAUGGAGGAGAAAAGAAAAAUUACAUGUACCGAGCCAUGUUUGACGUGCUGCCUAUGCCCCUUGAUUGGCCAGUGGAUGUGAACUACCACCAGGCCAGAGCUUUCUGUGCAUGGAAGGGUUUUGGAUUCCGACUUCCAACAGAGGCCGAACGAAAUGUGAUGAAAGGAAACAAGUUGAUGAAGAAUGGUGGAACAGAUGGAGACAUCAUUUAUCAGAAGAAACCCAAGGCCAACAUCAACUUACAAUAUGGCUCCUCAACACCUGUGAACAUGUACCCAGGCAAUGAGCUUGGUUUCCAUGACAUAUUUGGCAAUGUGUGGGAGUGGGCAGAGGACCACUUUAAUGGUCUGGACGGUUACGACAGCCACUGGUUCUAUGAUGAUUUCUCCUCCCCAUGCUUUGAUGGCAGGCACAACCUCAUCCUGGGUGGAUCCUGGAUAGCUACUGGGGAUGAAGCAUCAAAGUUUGCCAGAUUCGCCUUCAGACGACACUUCAUUCAGCAUGCUGGAUUCCGCAUGGCUAGAUCUCUACAACAGUCUGACAAAGUUGAUGUUCCAGCAAGACUUAUCAAGGAUGAGGUCUUUGUUCUGGGGGUUGGAGUAGAAGAGAAGGAAGUUCCCAAUGAGGAUGAGAUGGAAUUUAAAUGGGUGCCCACGACCAAUUACCAGUACGGUUUCGAUACUGAGGACUCUCUGUAUGGAAUUCUGGAGAUGGAGUUCGGAUUCCGCGAUUCUUUUCCACAUUGCGUAGCUCACCAUUGCCUCUCCCUACAGAAGUCAUACAAAUGUGACCCCAAAUCAGCUUUAUGGCUAGGGAGUGGGGCAGGCAGGGGGCCACUAGAACUUACCACUGUCUUUCAAAAUGUACUUGGUGUUGACUUUGCAGCCAGGUUUAUUGAUGCUGCAGAAAAACUUCAGAAUGGAAAGACUCUCACCUAUAAAACAAGCAAUGGAGAGCAAAAGAUGGCCGCCAUGACGGGAGUUUAUAAACCUGACCAGGCUGUAUUCAAACAGAUGACAUGGAUCCCCAAUGAAAUCUGCAAUCAUGAUAUGACCAUUGUAACAUUUCUGGACAGAACUAUGAAUGCAAAAGCAUGGCUGGCCAGAUUAUGGGAAAUCACUGUGAAAUUGGGGAUUGUCGUGAUUGUCUCUAAGCAAGCCGAAUGGAAUCAGGAAAAUCUCGCCCCGUUUCUAGGGAACAAACUGGUAUUAAAAGAAACCAAGGAUCUGAAGUACAAAGCCAAAGAAGGGGAGCUAACUGCUCAAGUCACAGUCUGGCAGCGCCAGUAAUCUCCCCUUACAAGCAGGGAUUUUUUUUUUUAAAAGGACACUUCUUUUACACUUAUUAUGUUUAUUGUUCAUGUUAUUUUUUGAUUGUUGUUCUGCAAUUUCUGAGACUUUUACAUCUUCAUAUUUAACUUUACUUAUAAAUAUGAAUCAAUCACUUUUUGCCAUUGUUUGUUUUUAAAUUUUAAAAGAAUGAGUUGUAAUGCUCCUGUAUUUUGUAAUACUUUACUGCGAUUUGUUAGUAAGGUCGGACGACUUUACAUGUAUAUACUUAUUAUAACUAUUCAUGACUAGUUAUCAUUGAUCUUUUUAUUAGCAAAAGCCAGUGCAUUAUACUAUACAUGUAUUAUAUUUGCUCAGUUCAGUAGCUGUUUUAUUCAUUGUAAAGAAUAGAAACAU